UGUUGAAAACGCCCAUCUCAAUCUCAUUUCCCACUUCCGAGGUUAUUCCCUUUUGCCGGCUAGCCCAAUUCCUCCUAUUUUUUGUUUCUGUGUUCCUUCGAAAUUCCACAAUUUCAAUAACACCCUCCCUUCGUUUAACACUUUUCACCAAUUCAACCUUUGAUCUUUGAUAUUUCCACCCAUUUUCUUGUUUGAUCGGGGGAUUCUCAAUUUGGGUGCCCCUUCUGUUUCUUAUCUCACCAUUGGGUCCAAUAAUCUGCGUUUUCUUCAGAUUGAAAGCAAUGGGCAUAGGGUUCGAGUGGAAUGAUGGUUUUCCUCAUAGUGAUGAUUAGGGAAGCCAUUUGUCUUUAGAUUUGAGAGAGCUGAUUUGUGAUUUUUGAAUGGAGAAGAAAAGAUUAGAUGACUAUGAACCAGGUCCAGUUCCUUCACCAAAGGGGGUAGAUAGAUUUGGUUUUGUAAAACAGGAUAAUACUUCUGAUGGUUUAGUCAAAAGUAGAUCAGCCUAUGAGUAUGAGAGAUAUAGGGAGGAGAGAAGGGUUAGAAAAUGGAGGAAGAUGAUUGGGGUUGGUGGCAGUGAUUGGAAGCAUUAUCUGAGGAGAAAACCUCAUGUUGUUAAAAGGCGUAUAAGGAAAGGAAUUCCAGAUUGUUUAAGGGGCCUUGUUUGGCAGUUGAUAUCUGGAAGUCGAGACCUACUGCUGAUGAACCCUGGAGUUUAUGAGGUAAUCAAGUUAAAUUGUACUGAUGAAAAAUUAUGAUUCAUUUUGUACAAC